UGUGCUGGUUGCCAGGACUGACAAUGUUUCUUAGAGCUCAAAGGAGAGAGUCAUCGGCUAACAAGACAUUCGUAUACGCAAUCUUUCUCUUUUAGAUCCAACAGGCUGUGAAACCAGGAAUGUACUUCUUCCAGCGGGUGUCUGAGGGGAUUUAAAUGAAAGAAUGUUCUUGAAUCUGAUGCGAGAAGAUUGGGUAUAACUGGAAUUGUAUUCUUUUCAACAGGUCUUGGCCGGUGGUUUCAUUCAGCUUAACAUCGUCCUGAAGAGCUACACAUAGACAAAGACGUGAUGCACACUCCAGUGUCCAUGCUGAUGGGGGUGGUGUUUGCUCCCUUGGGCCUUGUGCUGGUGUUCACUGCAGCGAUCACGCCGCAGUGGAGGGAGGGACAGGCGCGGCUGGGUGCGGCUGGACGGGGUGGAGCCACGGAGCUCCUCCUUCUCCGUUCAGAUGGCCUGUGGGAGAGCUGCCUGCAGGUGGUGCACUCUGAAGUCAAAGAGUGCUGGCCUGUGUCUGGGUCCUACCAGCGGGAUGCUCGGGUUCGAAUGGUCCAGGGGAUGGUGCUGUCGUCUCUUUUCCUGUGCGGUGCGGGGAUUGUCUUUGCCAGCAUAGGUGUCCGCUGCUGGACCGAUAUCCCUCUUAGGAGUGUAGCGGCAGCUGGUGGCCUUUUGGUGGUGCUGGCAGGUGUGCUCAGUCUGGCUGCAUUAGGAGUGUACACUCAUAAUCUUUCGAAGCUGGGGAUCGAGGUGGAUUCAACCAUAUCAGAGACACAAGGACUCAACGUACACAAGCCACCACGACUAACGUUACACCCGGCCGGAUCCCUCUAUUUCGGUUGGGUGGGAGCUUGGGUACAGGUGCUGGGAGGGGCCGCACUGCUCCUUGGGUUUAAAAGCAUGAAGUGUUCAUCCUCCCACAAGCAGAGAUUCAAAGACAGUGCAGAGAUGUAUGAAGUGAAUUGUUAGAUGAACCAAAGGUUUCCUAGAGACUAUCUGGUGUUUAAACACAUUGAGCUUGCACAUGCACUGUUAGUGUUUUUCAAUUGGACAAAUAAGAUGUGGUAAACACAUGAUGUUUCUAAAGAGAAUUAUAUUAAAGGGGUCAUAUUAUGUUGCUAAAAAGAACAUAUGUGUAUUUGGUGUAAUGCAUUGUUGUUAUGCGGUUUAAGGUAAAAAACAAACAAACAAAAAAAACAUUAUUUUCCAAGUACUGUACGUUAUUGUUGCUUCUAUAUGCCCUGCCUUUCUGAAACGUGUAGAUUUUUACAAAACUCAUCGUUCUGAAAAUCACAGUGUGCUCUGAUUAGCCAGUGAUCUAGUGCAUUGUGAUUGGCCGAAUACCUCAAACGUGUGAUGGAAAUGUUAUGCCCCUUACCAGGUUCAGGAAACUUCCCUCUGUAAAAUUCAAGUAAAUGGUCUGUGCUUACCCGAAUAUUUGGGUUGUACUGUUCUGGAACAGUUUUGUAAAUAAAACUUAUGGGGUGCUUUUAUGCUUUUUAACUUUUCGUUAGUUUGUAAUGUUGCUGUUUAAGCAUA